AUGGCAUCCCCUGAUCCCUUGAGGUUAUCGCCACUCAGCGAUAGAAAUUGCCAACGACUUCAUGUGAAUUCUUCUCCUGACCUUCCACCGCUACAGGACGUUCUAGCAGCAAGAGGUUCAAGUCAGCAUCAGACUCGCAGUCAGACAUCUGGCUUCAUUUCUGCACGCAAUCUGUAUUCUUCUACAGAAUCGACAACGAAAGCCAAUGCGAUGCCUUUGGUCGAAUCACCCCUCACUGCUGUCAACUCAAAUAUCCAUGCAGGCCCGGCGGAUGAACCUCCGGACGACGGUGGAUUCAUAGCUGGGGACCCUGCCCCUUUCGAACAACCCGAAGAUGAUAUUGUAGUAGUGAAAAUCACCGGAAAGGGGACCAGGAAGCCUCGACAACCGAAAGUAUCAAAGCCAGCUGCUCCGAAACGAGCCAAACCCAAAGCAUCGGCUAAGGCUGGGUCUUCAAAAGACAAUGAUGACGGAAAGGAUGCCGAUGAUACAAAAGUGAAGUCCAAGGCAACGAAGGCAAAGAAGAAGACGGAUACUAUGAGUAACCAUUUCCCACCAGCAAAUGAACCUGACGUCCUCGAGAAACUUGAUCAGAUCGAUGUGAAUGAACCCCUUCAUCUGGAACAAGCACCUGCGCGGAGAUUGGAUUGGACUCCUCCCGCUCAGAAGACCGUUGUAAAUGUUGACUCAGAUUCAUCCGCAUUCAAGACGCUGGGCUCGUCUGAGGCAGGCCAACCACUUCCCAUUUUCAAGAAUCUUGUUGGGGGCUUUGCUCGUAUAGAAGACCCGUCGGAAUCAGCAUCUCAUUCUGCCCCUCCUUCUGACGAAGAUUCGAGUUUUCUCAAGAAACGAAAACGUAUUGAACUGUUAGCGACAAAGGGUGCAGACUUUUCAGUGGCAGAGCCCGAGAAGUCGCCCACGAAAAAGCCACCAAAGAAGAAGAAGCCUAGGACUAUCACAGAACUUGCCACCGCUGCGUACAGGGUGCCUGACCCUGAACCCAGCGCUUCUAUACUGGAUCACUUCUCGACUACAAAGAAUGACACUGGAUCCGCAGCUGAUGCGCAACCAGACAAUGCCAAAGGCAAAGCAAAAACACGACGGAAAACCACGAAGGCCACCAAGAAGAAGGUGCCCCCUAAACCGGUUCUGCUAUCGCCAAGCACUGCCUUGGCACAAGUUGCCAAUCAAGAUUUCCUUUUCGGGACUUCCAGUCAGCUAGCAAGGGAAGAAUCUCCAACAGUCUUGAGAGAUCUUCAAGCUGCUUUGAGACAGUCAAACCAGAACGAUGACAUAGACUUUGCUAUGCCUAUCCAUAGCGAUGGCAUCGAACCACAGCAGCAACGAACCAACCUUUGGAACGCCGCCGCUCGUGAUGCUGAAGGAGACCUCUUCGAUGUGGAGGUUAUAAACUUGAUAGAGGAUACAACACUACUACAAGAGGACGGCGCUGAUGCAAACCCCUUUGGUUAUAAUAUGGGAGCCGACCAGAGCGUUAUUACGAUUGAAGAGAGUCACGUCCUCAGUGACCCCGAUCACAGUGUUAAGCUACCGGAAGCUGCAGCAUUGCCUGGUGAAAGGGCCAUGUCUGCUUCUGAGGGUGACUCGCCCUACUUUUCCGACAGCGAUCUUUCAGUCAGCACGAAUAUCGGCCCAUCAGUGCCUGAACAGGACAAGAUCACCGAUGAGAAUCUGACCGUAGGGGUUGAGGAGACUGAGAAACUACCUGAGCUUCCACCGCAGCUACCACGACCUAAUUACGAGGGCUUUACAGACCUCCGCCUUGCAAGGGAAAUCAAGAAAUUUGGCUUCAAACCUAUCAAGCGAAGAAGCGCGAUGAUUUCCUUGCUUGAUCAAUGCUGGCAGAGCAAGGCUCGUAUGGGACAGGCAAGCUUUCAUACUACAGCUCAUACCCCAGCUAAGUCACCUUCCGCCAAGUCCAAGACCCCCAAGACUGCCAAACCAAAGACCUCCCCGAAAGCCACACGCAGUCCCAAGAAGGUUACAAAAUCAACACAAAGGAAAAGCCCCAGUGCCUCGGAGCCUCAAGAACCACCUCCUUCUGCACAACCCCCCGUUACUCCCAAGCGACGUGGUGGCCGGCCACGAAAAGACAGCUUCGAUUCUUUGUCCGAUACUGCUUCUCCAUCCAAACGAGGCCCUGGUCGGCCACGAAAGGAUAGCCUGGACUCUUUGCCAGGAACUCCCUCUCCCCCCAAGCGCAAAUCAGCCUCGCCAACAAAGCGAAGCACAUCACCUCGUCGUGGCAAAGCUUCACAAAAGUCCGUCAUAGAAAUACCUGACUCUGAAGAUGAUGCUAGCAAUUUCGCAUCUUCUCCGCAGACCAAUCUUGAACCGACAUUCUCUUCUGAGAUUCCGUUGGACAUGUCUCUCACAACCAGUCAAGACAUAGAGUCGGACGACCUCACAGCAACACCCACCGAUGCAGAAGCGGCCCUGUUUGAGCAUAUCACCAAUGCUGUCAAGUCAGCUCCACGGACUACGAACCCACAAGAACCAUCAUGGAACGAAAAGAUACUUCUCUACGAACCCCUCGUACUGGAAGAUCUUGCAAUGUGGCUAAAUACUGGCGAGCUCAGUCGUGUCGGUUUUGACGGAGAGGUAAAUCCCGUCGAUCUCAAGAAAUGGUGCGAGUCCAAAAGUGUGUGCUGUGUGGCGCGAGUAAGCCACCGCGGCAAGGAGCGAAAGCGGUUCUGA